AUGUCCCUCCUACCGCCCGAGGUCCACACCGCGCUGUCCCAGCUGCUGCGCUCUCUGAGCACCCCCGACAAUGCUGUUAGAUCACAGGCUGAAGACCAGUUGAACAAUGACUGGGUUCAGAACCGACCAGAUGUCCUUUUGAUGGGACUUGCGGAGCAGAUUGGGGGAGCCGAAGACACAUUGACUCGUGCUUUCUCCUCCGUUCUUUUCCGACGAAUCGCAACAAAAACUCGCAAGGACCCCGCUACUGGCGAGGCUAAAGAGAUCUUCCUGAGCUUGCCCAGCGAACAGCGUAUUGCUAUCCGGGAAAAGCUGGUCACAUGUCUCACAACUGAGGCCGUUACCGAUGUGCGCAAGAAGAUCGGUGACGCGGUGGCAGAGGCGGCUCGGCAGUACACCGACAAUGGUGAUCAAUGGCCUGAGCUACUCGCUAUUCUUUUCCAGGCCAGUCAGUCCCCCGAGGCUGGUCUUCGAGAGACUGCUUUCCGCAUCUUCACAACCACCCCCGGUAUCAUCGAAAAGCAGCACCAGGAUGCCGUCAUUAGUGUCUUCUCAAAAGGAUUCAAAGACGACAACAUUUCCGUGCGAAUUUCAGCUAUGGAAGCCUUCGCCGCGAUGUUCCGCUCUAUCCCCAAGAAAGCUCAACCCAAGUUCUUCUCCCUCAUGGGAGAUGUUCUCAACAUCUUGCCUCCUCUCAAGGAGUCUAACGAAAGCGAGGAGCUGUCUUCUGCUUUCCUUGCCUUGAUUGAGCUGGCUGAAAUCAGCCCGAAGAUGUUCAAGGGCUCUUUCACUGACCUGGUCAAGUUCAGCAUCAGCGUUAUCGCCGAUAAGGAACUUAGUGAUCAGGUGCGCCAGAACUCGCUUGAGUUGAUGGCCACAUUUGCCGACUACGCACCCAAGAUGUGCCAGAAGGAGCCCAACUUUGCACAGGAGAUGGUUACCCAAUGUCUAAGUCUGAUGACCGACGUUGGUGCUGAUGAUGAUGACGCUGAGGAGUGGAAUGCUUCUGAGGACCUUGAACCCGAAGAGAACGAUCUCAACCACAUCGCUGGUGAGCAAUGUAUGGACCGUCUGGCCAACAAGCUCGGUGGCCAGGCCAUUCUGCAGCCCGCUUUCUCUUGGAUUCCUCGCAUGAUGUCGUCUACUGCUUGGCGCGAUCGCCACGCUGCCCUUAUGGCCGUCUCCGCCAUCUCUGAGGGCUGCCGUGACCUUAUGGUCGGUGAGCUUGACCAGGUCCUUGCCCUGGUUGUGCCCGCUCUGCAGGACCCCCACCCCCGUGUCCGCUAUGCCGGCUGCAAUGCGCUCGGCCAGAUGAGUACCGACUUUGCCGGAACCAUGCAAGAGAAGUAUCACGCCAUUGUUCUUAACAACAUUAUCCCUGUUCUCAGCUGCCCCGAGCCCCGUGUGCAGUCCCAUGCAGCCGCUGCCCUGGUCAACUUCUGCGAGGAAGCCGAGCGCAGCAUUUUGGAGCCAUACCUUGGAGAUCUUCUUAGCCGCCUUCUGGAUCUUCUGCGCAGCCCCAAGCGCUACCUGCAGGAGCAGGCUCUAUCUACUAUUGCCACCAUUGCCGACUCCGCUGAGACUGCUUUCGGUCAGUACUAUGCCAACCUGAUGCCUCUGCUGCUCGACGUUCUCAAGCAGGAGCAGGGUAAGGAAUACCGUUUGCUUCGCGCCAAGGCCAUGGAGUGCGCUACUCUGAUCGCUUUGGCCGUUGGCAAGGAGAAGAUGGGCCAGGAUGCCUUGAACCUUGUGCAGAUUCUCGGAAACAUCCAGCAAAACAUCACCGAUGCGGAUGAUCCUCAGUCACAGUACCUGCUCCACUGCUGGGGCCGCAUGUGCCGUGUUCUUAACCGUGAUUUCGUGCCCUACCUUCCGGGUGUUAUGCCGCCUCUGUUGGCCGUGGCAGCCGCCAAGGCAGACAUUCAGCUGCUUGAUGAUGAGGAUCAGAUUGAACAGGUUGAGCAGGAUGAGGGCUGGGAGCUGGUGCCCCUCAAGGGCAAGAUUAUUGGUAUCAAGACUAGUGCCCUUGAGGACAAGAAUACUGCUAUUGAGUUGAUCACUAUCUACGCUCAGAUCUUGGAGGAGGCGUUUGAGCCUUAUGUCCUGGAGACCAUGGAGAAGAUUGCUGUCCCCGGACUUGCGUUCUUCUUCCACGACCCCGUUCGCGUAUCGGCGGCUAAGUUGAUCCCGCAACUGCUGAACUCAUACAAGAAGGCACACGGACAAUCUCCUGCCUUUGCUGAGAUGUGGAACAAGGUGGCCGAGAAGAUCAUUGAGGUCUUGAGUGCCGAGCCCACUGUUGACACCCUGGCCGAAAUGUACCAGUGCUUCUACGAGUCGGUUGAGGUUAUUGGCCGCAACAGCUUGACCCCGCAGCACAUGCAAGCAUUCAUCGACUCCGCCAAAUCUACUCUAGAGGAUUACCAGAUGCGUGUGAAGCAACGUUUGGAGGAGCAGGCCGAGCUGGAGGAGGGUGACGAGGAGAACCUAGACUACGAGUACGCUAUCGAGGAUGACCAGAAUCUGCUCAGCGAUAUGAACAAGGCAUUCCACACCAUCUUCAAAAACCAGGGCACAUCCUUCCUCCCUGCCUGGCAGCAGCUGAUUCAGUUCUACGAUAACUUUAUCACCAGCCAAGACCCCACACAGCGCCAGUGGGCUCUUUGCAUCAUGGACGACGUGUUGGAAUUCUGCUCCGAGGAGUCGUGGACAUAUAAGGAUCACAUCAUGCAGCCCCUGGCUGCCGGUCUGCAGGACCCGAAUGCUGCUAACCGACAGGCAGCUGCGUAUGGUGUUGGUGUUGCCGCUCAGAAGGGCGGUGUCGCCUGGAGCGACUUUGUUGCUGCCUGCAUCCCCAGCCUGUUCCAGGUGACGCAGCAUCCGCAAAACCGCACUGAAGAGCAUGUCUUUGCCACUGAGAACGCAUCUGCCAGUAUUGCCAAGAUCUUGCACUACAACGCCUCCAAGGUGCAGGGUGCUCAGGAAGUUGUGGCCAACUGGAUUGAAACCCUGCCCAUCACUUUUGACGAGGAGGCAGCUCCUUAUGCUUACUCCUUCAUUGCCCAGUUGAUUGACCAGCAAAACCCGGCCGUCUUCGCCAAGGCCGACCGCGUCUUUGGUUUCAUUGUUGAGGCUCUUGAUGCCCAAACCCUACAGGGCCAAACCGCCACUCGUGUGGCCCAGUCCGCCAAGUCAUUGGUGGCAGCCACUGGUCUGAACGCUGAGUCUAUUCUGGCGGGCGUCAGCCCGGAGAACCAAGAGCGCAUCCGCAAGUUCUUCCAGUAG